AUGGACGCUACCUUACUGGCUCAACAAGGAAUUGACUGGCGGCCAGUGAUAGACGGCCACUUCAUUCCAAAAGAUCCACGAGACCUCUUGAGACAGAACGUGACAUCCGGGCUUCGAUACAUGGUUGGCGCCACCUCCCAUGACGGCAGCAUCUAUACCUUACCCUUUGCGGGGAUUCCCCCUACAGUUGCCAGGCAACUGCAUUUAGCUAAAAACUAUGCUUUAGGGGAGUAUAGAUUUACCACGGAAAGCGCGGCAAUUGCUUUUGCCAGGUCGACGAUUACUGAAUACGGCCUAAUACAGGAUCCAAUGGAUCCUUUGGAUCUCCUGACCCGGGCGACGCAACAGAACACUGACUUUCUCUUCGGAAUGCCAGCAGAAGAGUCGGCGAGGCUGAACGAAGUGGGAGGUGCCACAACGUACAAAUACACACUGUCUGUCCGUUAUGGCUAUCCACUUUCUUACUUUCCUAAGGCGCCUUCUAUACGGGCUGAACAUUUUGAUACAGCUAUUCCAUUUUUUGGGGUUUUUGAGGAACACCCGGACGUGUACAGUUUGACUGCUGAGGAAAUGGAACUUAAUAGGGCUAUCAGACGCUACGUGGCUAACUUUGCAAAGAAUGGUAAUCCAAAUGUUGGUGACCCGGUCACCGUCCAGUGGCCGGAAUAUACAGCGUCUUCCAGACAAUUCAUGAACCUGGACACGCCCACCACCGUGGAAACAUUCGAUAGGGAGCGCCAGUAUCUGUUUGCGACCGAGGUACUUCCUGCAAUAGUGAGAGUGGGUAAAGAAGCUGACGAGGCUCGAGCACUCUCUUCUAAAGGAAAGAAAUGCAAGAAAAAAGGUUCGAAAAUGGGGAAAUCUCCAAGGUCCAAGAAGGAUUAA